UCUGUUAAAUGGUGUUUAUGGUGGCAUUUUUGAAAUGUGCUAUAUCGCAUUUAACUAGGAAUUUCAACAGUUGUUCAAUAUCUUAUCUAAAAAAUCAGAAUUCUGAGUUAAAAUUGCUUAUCCCCUACUUGAUCAUCCACUCGUCAUGAAAACCCCCUCAACGGCCCCUCGAAACCUAACCCCCAUCGCCUCCCUAAAUUUCCACCCAUCUCUUCUGCCCGCGCGCUACUCAAUCUUUGGAACUCCGUCCGACUCUAAAAUUCUCUUUCUCAAUGUCAACAUUCUUGAUUCCACCGGCCGAGACCCAUAUCCCGGUGAUGUACUAAUAGAAGGCGAACGAAUCCGCUUCAUAGGUUUCCUUCCGAACCGAGAAGAAUUCCUCAAGGAAUCGUUACGCGAGGACUCGGGCAUACGAGUAUUCCAAGGGAGAGGUCGGACUUUGAUGAGUGGAUUAGGAGAUGCUCACACUCAUCUCACGUGGAACGGAGGGGAUUUGAAUGCGCUUGGGAAAAUGGGUAUGGCGGAACAUACUCUACACACGGCGCAGAGUGCGAAGAGCUACCUUGAUUCGGGAUAUACGAUGUACGUCUUGAUUUGGAUUUUACUAUAGAUCAAAGUUUCCCGACGUUCAUUGACACAAUACAAAGGUGCUUUGGGGCCGCCUCCGCAAAAGAUCGUCUAGAUGUCGUCAUCCGCGAUAUGAUCAAUGCGGGUGAUAUUCCUGGCCCUCGAUACCUGGCUAAUGGCAUGGAGAUAGCGAAGAGAGAUGGGGAUUUAGUGCCGGGAAUCACAGCCUAUGCAGAUGACCUGGAAGAAAUGAGAGGUGUCAUUAGACGUCAUGUUAGUCUUGGGGUUGAUCAGAUUAAGUUAAGUAUGAGUGGGGAAGAGGUUAGCUACGAAUGACCCUCAUUCGAAUGCUUAUAUUAACACUUCAUUAAGAUCACAGAAACAAGAUCAGCACAAGAUUGCUACUUCUCUGACGAGGAAAUAGCAGCAUGUGUCGAUGAAGCACAUAAUCUAGGCCGACGACUCUGUGCCCACGCAAGAGCUCGCGAUUCCAUAAAAAUGUCCGUGAAACAUGGAGUGGAUGUCAUUUAUCACGCAUCAUACGUCGACAAAGAAGGAAUGAAUAUGCUUGAAGCGAAAAAAGAUAAGCAUAUUGUCGCCCCUGGAAUUAACUGGCUGAUUGCGACAUGUAAGUCUAUCGUUGAAUCCCACUGUAUAGGUUGAUGCUCAUGAUUUCCACAGUAAACGAAGCAUCCAAGUUCGGAUACACACACGAAAAAGCCGCACAAGUAGGGUAUCAGAAAGAGCUUGAUGCCGCUAUCCACGGCCUUCGAGAAAUGCACAAACGAGGUAUUGUAAUUCUCCCCGGAGGAGAUUAUGGAUUUGCAUGGACGCCCCAUGGAACUUACGCACGAGAUCUCACUCAUUUCGUUAACUUACUUGGCUUUACUCCUAUGGAAGCUAUCUUAGCUGCCACUGCAGGAGUCGCGAAACUUUUCAUGAGAGAAGAUGAGCUGGGGAAGAUUCAAGAGGGAUUUUAUGCAGAUUGUAUUCUGGUGGAUGGAAAUCCGUUGGAGGAUAUUUCGAUAUUGCAGGAUCACGAUAAGUUGGAUGUUAUUGUUAUUAAUGGGAGGGUACAUAAAACGGAAGAGAAUGAGUAGCUCUGGGAAGGAACUAUCACUAGGUUUUUAGGGCACACUCAGAUGUGCAUCCGCUGAAAUAUUACCUGAGUAGUUUUUACACAUAUCCUGCAUUUUCAGAGUCUAUGAUAUUUACCUAAUCAAAAAGUGG